AUGUGCUCUCUCAGCGCAGCCAAUGCCAAGUUCUGUCUUGACUUUUUCCGAGAGCUGAGCAAAAUAAAAAGAAAUGAAAACAUUUUCUUCUCCCCGCUAAGUCUCUCAGCUGCCUUUGGGAUGGUUGUCCUCGGCGCCAGGGGCAACACACUCAAACAGAUUGAGCAGUGCGAAGAAGGUGGAGGAGUCCAUUCCCAGUUCCAGGCUCUGUUGGCUGCAGUCAAUGAACCCAGACCAGGCUGCUCGCUCACCAUUGCCAACAGGCUCUUUGGAGAAAUUACUUACCCGUUCUUCCAGCAAUACUUGGAUUCCACAAAGAAAUUCUAUCGAGCAGAACUGGAGGCAGUCAAUUUUAAAUACACUGAAGAAGAAGCCAGAGAGAAGAUUAACUUCUGGGUGGAAAAUGAAACAAAAGGUAAAAUCAAAGACCUUUUUGCUACCGGGUUUAUUGAUCCCUCCACUGUACUUGUCCUGGUCAAUGCUAUAUAUUUUAAAGGAAAGUGGGCAGCAGAAUUUAGGAAAGAAGACACUAAAGAAACAUAUUUCCACGUGAACAAGAAUGAGAAAAGGACAGUGCAGAUGAUGUUUCAAGAAGGUUAUUUUAACAUGGCCUUCAUAGAGGAACCGAAAAUGAAAGUGAUAGAGCUCCCAUACUUUAAUAAUGAACUGAGUAUGUUCAUUCUUCUUCCUGAAGUUGUCUGUGAGGAGUUUACUGGCCUAGAACAGCUUGAAUGCACCCUCACGUAUGAAAAGCUAGCAGGAUGGACCAGCUCGGCUAGGAUGCAACAGCUGAGAGUGAAGGUGUACCUGCCUCAGUUCAAGAUGGAGGAAAGUUAUGUUCUCAACACAACCCUCCGGGAGAUGGGAGUGAUGAAUGUUUUUGACUGGGGAAAAGCUGAUUUGUCAGGAAUCUCUAAGAAAGAUGGUUUAGUUGUGUCCAAAGCCAUCCAGAAGUCAUUCGUGGAAGUCAACGAAGAGGGCACUGAAGCAGCUGGUGCCAUGGGACUUGUUGCAGUGCCUUUGUGUUGCCCAGUUUCUUAUGAAUUCAAAGCUGACCACCCAUUCCUCUUUUUCAUCAGACACAACCCAACCAACACCAUUCUCUUCUUUGGAAGAUAUUCCUCCCCUUAA